AUGUCAUUAGCUGCCCUCCAGCUCGGCACGCCAGCACACAGGCAAUACGUGACUAGACUAUAUAGGAAAGCGCUUCGUCUAAGCGCUGACUGGUAUUGGCAACGCAGAGAAUGUCGUGAAAAACAAGUCAUCAUUAGAGCAAUGUUUGAUGCAAACAAGGCUGAAACUAAUCCAAGAAUCGUCGCCGGCCAGUUACGUGAAACCGAAAAGGCGCUGGCUUACUACUUUCAUCCUAUUCCUUAUGUCUCUCCUACUGCUCCUGGAGGCUCCAAAUGGGAGAGAAACGUACCCUUCCCAGAAGAGUUAUGUGCUAGAGGAGUCACCGUAUUCGAUAACAACUGA